UCGUGAUUGGCACCUUUGUGUCAUCUCUCGCCUUCUCUAGGGUCUGUCGCAGCCUCGGAAGAGCUGCAGCUGGCACGGGCGCAGAGGAUACGCUCUCCGACUGCGGGAAGGUGCCAUGCUGGACGGAGUGGAGGAGGGCCUCCCCAAGCUCCUGGUCAGAGACUGGCGCAGACAUUGGAGCUAUGGGCGUCCGAGCAUGUCGGUUCCAGGAAGAAUAUCUCGGCCAACGGAGGCGUCGACGUGUUUUGUGUCUACGCCAUGGUGAUUCGUGGCGUGUACCCUGCCUGCAAACCAAGUGGGCCGUGCGAGAGCCCUACCAAACCCCGCCACCCCGCCAUCGUCGAGAGCAGAGCAGAGCUGUUCGUCGGGAGAAACCAAUACGACGCUCCUCUCCAAGCCCAAUCAGGUUGCGUUCUUCCUUCACUUGCCAUCGUGCCCCCUUGCCAAUCAUAUCCGCCCAGCACACCGCCUCCGUCUGCGCAGUGCGCUGUUACGGGUUUGGCACCUUGGGGAACGUACACUUAUAGUCCGCACGUUCAUACCCACGACCGGGGCUGCAUCUUGGGAGGCCUUCUCUGCUUUUAGGCAACGUCACUAACUGCCCUGCAUCGUACAAAGAAGCUUGGGCGCC